UUAUGCUAUAGUCAGAGUAUUAAGAGAUGAUGAAGAAUUUGACUGAUUAAUAAGUUAUGCAAUACAACAAAAUUAAACAAAAUCAUGCUGAGAUAUCCAAAGUCUAUAUUGAGAUUGAAAAUGAAAAGAAGGAACAUAUAUUAGUUUUAGAUGCAAUCAAAAAUAUUGAUUCAAAGAGAAGGUGAAUCACUCUGUCUAUUAUAGAUGUUGGAGGAUGAUUGGUGGAGUUCUCGUCGAAAGAUAAUUGGAUGAUGUGUAGAAAUCAUUAAAGGAAAAUUUAGAAUUGCUUGAAAAAAAUGGAUAAAAUUACAAUACUGCUAUGAAACAGAUGUAUGCAGAUUAUAUUUGAGAUAUUUUAGAGAAAAAGAAUUAACUUAAUAUGAAUUAACUCACAAUUUAAGACCCUAAUAAAAUCAACAAUCACAAUAGCAAUAAUAAUAACAACCUGUGGCAUCAUCUAAAACGUAAGGAGUCUUAACUUGA